AUGGGGGUUGGCAAAGGCGAUGCAGCUACGCCUUCAUUGGUGGUACUGGCGGCGCUGCUGGUGCUGCUGUCGGUCUUCCUGUUUAAAGGCAUCAUGGUGGUGAACCCCAAUCAUGCCAGGGUAUGUACAUUUUUCGGCAACUACCGUAUUACACUCCGCUCGCAGAACCUGAACGGGCAGCAGCUGAAAGUAAACGAUAAAAUGGGCAAUCCCAUAGAAAUAGCGGCAGUGAUUGUUUGGCAGGUAAAGGAUACUUAUAAAGCUUCUUUUGAGGUGGCCGACUUUCAGCAAUACGUAGGCAUACAGAGUGAAGCAGCGGUGCGUCACCUGGCUACCAGUUGUCCUUAUGAUCAGAUGGAAGAUGAGAAGGCAGAAAUAACGCUGCGGGAUGGUGGUGAAAAAGUAAAUGAAAUGCUGGAAAUGGAGCUGAUGGAAAGAUUGGCACCGGCAGGCAUCCUUAUCAAAGAGGCCCGUAUCAGUCACCUUGCCUAUGCGCCGGAAAUUGCAGGUGCCAUGCUGCAGCGCCAGCAGGCCACUGCCAUUGUAGCUGCCCGUUUCAAAAUUGUGGAAGGUGCUGUGGGCAUGGUGGAACUGGCAUUGGAAAUGCUGUCGAAGAAACAGAUAGUGCAACUGGAUGAAGAAAGAAAGGCCGCCAUGGUAAGCAACCUGAUGGUUGUUUUGUGCGGCGAGAAAGCAGCUACGCCAGUACUGAAUACCGGUACGCUUUACCAGUAA